AUGACCAAUGGACAACGACUUCGAACGAUCAACACUGUACUCAACAUUGCCUAUGAUCGUGGAUUCAUCCGAAUCAUCAACCUGUGUCACUCAAUCAUCAAGGACAUCAACUCGAGCAAGAAGAGGAAACAACCAGAUGCUGGAUUGGAUGAUCGGACUCAAUCAGAAUUGGAUAGUGUUGACAAGAUGGACUUGAUCAUUCCAACAUCAACAUCAACAUCAUCAUCAUCACGAAUGUCAACAACAUUCCACAUGGUGUUCAGAGACAGACGAUUGGGCAUGAUCAUCAUGAGAAUGAUUGGUGACUUGUACAGGACAUCAUUUGGAUUGGUUGAUGGUCAACUGAUCAAAGGCAAACAACUGGUGGACAGUGACACAUUGGUGGACUUUAUCAAGUAUGGUGCCAAUGAAUGGUUCAUCAAAUCGUUCAACUCUGUGGCCAACCUAUAUCCAUUCAACUCUCAACUGAUCAGUUACGCCAUCAUAUAUACCAACACUCAUAUCCUCGACAAGCUCGUGACCAACACCAACAUGACAUUUGCAAUCGGCGCAUCUCUUCCAGACAUGUUGAGGAACUAUUUGGAUAUCCAAAUGGUCCUCACCGACAUGGUGAUGGUUGGAAUCAUUGUGUUGAUGUGCUAA